AUGGCGGUGGGGACGCGGGGGAAAAGAGACGUGUCGGUUUGCCUUUGCCGCUCUUCCUUCCUUCGAGGCCGAAUUUGGAUGAUGGCCCGUGCGGUGGGCGCUCCAAGAAACUUUAUUCGGAGAGCCCACGCGGAUGCGCGUAGGGUGUUGCGAGCCUACCAACAGAUCCGCCGCGAGAGCUGGAGUGAAAAAUCUCCUACUGGGUCUCCUAUUUCAGAAUCCGAAGCUAAUUUAGUUGGAUCCAUGUUAAUGCUUGGGAAUUUUAUCGGGACGCCUUUCAGUGCAUGGGUGUCUGACAGGAUAGGAAAGAAGAAGACUAGUGUUUUAUGUGCAUUGGGAUUAGCGAUAUCUUGGGUCUUAAUAACAACAGCCAGAAACGUACUCCUUAUUAUAAUAGGCAGAAUGAUCCUCGGACUUGUAACAGGGAUCCAAGCAGUCAUCUGCUUUCCUUUCGUUGCAGAAAUCAGCCAGGAUUCUUAUAGAGGAACUUUAAGUUCUAUAAUCCUUGUAACAUAUACCUUCGGCCUCUUAUUUGCAUAUCUGAUCGGAUGGUUUUGUAGUUAUGACAUGGUGAAUUACAUUAAUUUGGCUUUGAGUGUAUUAUUCGUCGUGCUUUCGUUUUAUCUGAAGGAGACUCCAGCAUUUUUGAUUGCCAAUAGGCGAGAAAAGGAAGCAUUAAAAUCGUUACAAUUCUACCGGGGAGCAUCAAAAGCUACCCCAAAGAUUUUAAAAGAAAUGACACAAUUGAGUCAGCAGAGUGAAUGUGAAAACAAAGCCUCAGUCGCUGAUAAUUUAUUAGACCCUAGAGCUGAAAAGGAAUUGUUAAACCACACGAAGGUGGGGUCUAAUAGUGAAAUAAGUACAUGGAAAAUGCUUUGUUCAUCAAAAUCAGCACAACGAGCACUUUUUAUUGUAUCACUCCACAUGCUACUACUAGUACUAUGUGGAACAAUCGUAAUGACAACUUAUGCUAGUCAGUUGUUUGAAGCCGCAGCGCCAAACCUUUCUAAAGAACUUUGCGCUGUAAUAUUGUCCACGACCUUCUUUGUGAGCAGCGUUUUGUCCUUAGUGAUUUGCGAUUUGGUUGGCAGACGGGUUCUAAUGAUAUCAUCGACGGUAUUAUCUGGGAUAUUUCUCGCUCUCCUGGCAUCACUCCUUCGUUGGUCCUGGGCUCCUGAAUGGACUAUACCCGCAAUGGUUCUGGGUUAUAGUUGCGUCUUCCAAUUAGGUGCUGCGUCUGUGCCUUUUCUCCAGAUCUCUGAAUGCUUUGCUCAUGAGCUCAAGAACCUCGCUUCUACUGUUGUCAACUCUGUAUUGUGUCUAGCCAACUUCAUUGUUAUAGCAUUAUUUCCACUUGCAGUAGAACGCUUAGGACUCGAUGGAUUAUUCUCAGUAUUCUCCUUCGUGUGUAUUUUAUUAACUGUAAGUUCAUAUUUUCUUAUGAGAGAAACAAGAGGCAGAUCAGUUGAUGAAAUCCAAAAAAUGUUUACCUAUGGACUUUUGUAUCGGAAGGAAUAA